AUGGCGGUGCUGGAGCUCCAGGCAACAAUCCGGCGACCACGUCGUUGUCGGCCGCAUCCUCCGUCGUCGCUCCCCACGCCGGGCUCGUCGCCGCGGCCACGUCCUCCGCCGUCCGUGCCUCACGCCACGCGGAAGCUCGUCGCCGGAGUCCGCGAUGCUAGGGGUUCGUCGGGGGCGGCCGCGUCGGAGCUCGUCGCCGGCGACCGCGUCCUCCGUCAUGCACACCCAUGCCACGCGGCUCGUCGCCACGGCCACAUCCUCCACCGUGCAACAGCUUUGUGUUCUGCCGCAUUGUUGGGAGAAGCUGAUGCUGUGAGAUAUCUUUUUGACCAUGGGGCUGAUCCUAAUAAGAUAGAUGAGACAGGCUCUGUUGCUCUUCAUCGUGCUGUGAAAAAUGGGUAUGAAUAAGUAGUGCGUCUCUUGUUAUCCAGUGGAGCCAGGGUUGAUAUAGCUGUUGCUCAUGGGACACCACUACAUAUCGCUGUUUCCUAUGGGAAGACUGGUGUUGUCAAGAUUUUAUUGGAUCACCAUGCAGAUGCUGGUGCUGAUGUGAAUUAUGCUUAUCCAAACACUCCCUUGGUGGUGUCCACGACAGCUGGCUUAACUGACUGUAUCAAGUACUUGCUUGAGGUUCAUGCAGAUCCUAACAUUCCAGAUAAACAGAGCGGACUUACACCUAUAGAAAUUGCUGCAAGUGUUGGAAGAAGAGAUCAUGUGGAGAUUCUAUUUCCUUUCACUUCCCCUGUCAGAGCAGUAACAAACUGGACAGUUGAAGGAAUUAUUGCUCAUGGGAAAUCGAGACGCUUGAUUCCCAAGGGUGAGUCAUGUAGCAAGGUCAGUGACAGAAAGGCUGAGCUAAAAUCACAGGGAGAAAAAGCCGUUAAGAGAAAGGACUACCUUGCUGCAUCAAAGAUCUACACUAAGGCGCUUGAGCUAGACUAUUUUGAUGCAACCCUGUAUUCAAACAGAAGCCUUUGUUACCUACAAAUUGGAAAAGCACAAAAGGCUUUGCUUGACGCAAAAAAAUGUGUAAAACUGCGGCCUAAGUGGAUGAAAGGUCACUACCGGGAAGGAGCUGCUUUGAUGUUGCUAAAGGAGCACAAGAAAGCAUUCGAGGCAUUCUUGAACGCGCUGAAACUGGAUCCUGCUAAUGCCGAGAUUGAGAAAGUGAUGUGGGAGGCAGUUGAGGCGAUGAAAAAGGAUGAUGCCGCUGAAGAUAAAACUUAA